UUAAUUCUUCAUGUUUUAUGCUGUUGUUUUUACCAGAAGGCUGUCUUAAGAUAACAAAACAAAGCAGCUUCCCCUGAAACUGCUUCUUAUUACAAAGUACUAGGAUCUCAAAAGAAACAAAGGUUCAAGAUUCAGACAAGAUGCAGAAACCGGGACAAAACAUAGAUUUUGCACUGAAGGAGACUUCCCCAAAGAUCGGUGCAGGAGCUUUGACAGGUGACAAACUCUCAUGCACCUAUGACUUGGUCGAGCAGAUGCACUACCUCUACGUUCAGGUCGUGAAAGCCAAAGAACUCCCAGGAAAAGACGUAACCGGUAGCUGCGAUCCUUACGUGGAAGUGAAGCUAGGGAACUACAAAGGCAUGACCAAACAUUUCGAGAAGAAGUCAAACCCUGAGUGGAAACAAGUGUUCGCUUUCUCAAAGGAGAGGAUCCAAGCAUCAAUCUUAGAGGUCGUAGUGAAAGACAAAGACGUCAUGAUGGACGACUUGAUCGGUCGGAUCAUGUUCGACCUCAACGAGAUUCCAAAGCGAGUUCCUCCUGAUAGUCCGUUAGCUCCUCAGUGGUAUCGGCUGGAGGAUCGACACGGACGUAAGGUUAAAGGAGAGCUCAUGUUAGCCGUUUGGAUGGGGACACAAGCCGAUGAAGCGUUUUGUGACGCUUGGCACUCUGAUGCAGCCACGGUUGGACCUGAAGGCGUGGCUAACAUCCGUUCAAAGGUUUAUCUCUCACCGAAGCUAUGGUACGUGAGAGUCAACGUCAUCGAGGCUCAAGAUUUAAUACCUUACGAUAAAACAAAGUUCCCUGAGGUCUACGUGAAGGCAAUGAUAGGGAACCAGACUCUAAGAACUCGAAUCUCUCAGUCCAAAACAUUGAAUCCUAUGUGGAAUGAAGAUCUGAUGUUCGUAGUCGCUGAGCCUUUCGAAGAACCGUUGAUUCUCGCUGUUGAAGACAGGGUCGCACCGAACAAAGAUGAGACACUAGGCAGGUGUGCGGUCCCGUUGCAGCAUGUACAGAGGAGGUUAGACCACAGGCCUCUCAACUCGAGGUGGUUCAACCUGGAGAAACAUAUAAUGGUGGACGGAGAGAAGAAGGAGAUCAAAUUCGCGAGCAGGAUCCAUCUGAGGAUCUUUCUAGAAGGGGGAUACCAUGUUCUCGACGAAUCGACUCACUACAGCAGCGACCUGAGACCGACGGCUAAACAGCUCUGGAAACCGAGUAUCGGUUUGCUCGAAGUCGGGAUCAUCAGCGCGCACGGACUGAUGCCUAUGAAGAGCAAAGAAGGUAAAGGUACAACGGAUGCCUAUUGUGUAGCCAAGUACGGUCAGAAAUGGAUCAGAACGAGAACGAUCGUUGACAGCUUCGCUCCCAAAUGGAACGAGCAGUACACAUGGGAAGUGUUUGACACCUGCACGGUCAUAACGUUCGGAGCGUUCGACAACGGACACAUACCGGGAGGAAGCGGGAAGGACAUGAGGAUAGGGAAAGUUAGGAUCCGUCUCUCCACGCUCGAAGCCGACCGUAUCUACACGCAUUCGUAUCCUCUUCUCGUCUUUCACCCUUCGGGGAUCAAGAAAACUGGCGAGAUACAGUUAGCGGUGAGGUUCACUUGCUUAUCCGUCGUCAACAUGCUUCACAUGUACUCUCAGCCGCUGCUCCCUAAAAUGCAUUACAUUCAUCCGCUAUCGGUUCUCCAGCUGGAUAGUCUGAGACACCAGGCGAUGAAUAUUGUCUCCGCGAGGCUGAACAGAGCGGAGCCGCCGCUUCGGAAAGAGGUUGUGGAGUACAUGCUGGAUGUUGACUCGCAUAUGUGGAGCAUGAGGAGGAGUAAGGCCAACUUCUUCAGGAUCAUGAAUGUUCUGAGCGGUCUCGUAGCUGUGGGGAAGUGGUUUGAGCAGAUAUGCCACUGGAGAAACCCAAUCACCACGAUUCUCAUUCAUGUUCUCUUCAUAAUAUUGGUUCUCUACCCUGAACUCAUCUUACCAACGGUGUUCUUGUACCUUUUCUUGAUCGGGGUAUGGAACUUCCGGUGGAGACCGAGGCACCCGCCGCACAUGGACACGCGCUUGUCACACGCGGACGCUGUCCACCCUGACGAGCUCGACGAAGAGUUCGACACUUUCCCUACCUCCCGGUCCCCUGAGAUAGUGCGGAUGAGAUACGACCGGCUCAGGAGCAUAGGAGGACGCGUUCAGACAGUGGUGGGAGAUCUAGCUACACAGGGAGAGCGGUUUUCGUCCCUGCUGAGCUGGAGAGACCCGAGGGCAACCACAUUGUUUGUGUUAUUUUGUCUAAUAGCUGCUAUUGUGUUGUACGUUACACCGUUUCAGGUUGUGGCACUGCUCUCUGGGAUCUAUGUGCUGAGGCAUCCAAGGUUCAGGUACAGGCUCCCUUCUGUGCCACUCAAUCUCUUCAGGAGGCUACCUGCAAGAUCUGACAGUCUAUUAUAGAGACAUCCCUAUUAUCUACAUCUGCACUUUGUUUAAAACUUUCAAAAACUUGUUUGAUUCAGUCUUUAAAUAAUUAUUAAUUGCAACAUUCAU